UAUGGGAGCUACUUGUUGUGCUGCUAAAUAAAUUGGAAAUACUGAAAUAAUUCAUGCUGCUCCUGAAGAUUUCAAUCAUCAAGUUGAUAAUGAAAAACCUUUUGAAGCAAAUAAUUAAAACAUAGAACUAGAUCAAGAGAAAAUAGUUUAAGAACCUCCUCACAUUCCAGUUUAAGAACCAGCUCCAGGAAAUCCACCAGAUGAUGUAUUUGAUAUGAUUAUCUUUAAGGCUUCUAGAGAAAAACAUAGACAAUUAAUAGCUAUGCAUGGUCCCUCUCCAGAUGAUGCUAAACCGUAUGAUAAAAUAGCAACAAUAGAAAAUGAUAUGGUACGUAAAACUCUAGAUAAACUUGGAGAAUAUAGUUAUGAUCCUGAAUAACUUAAGAUGUUUGCAGAUUGCAUUGAACUAGAACCUUAUGUAUUAACUAAUUGUUAACUUAUAGUAAUUUGAGAAUGGAGCUAUAUAUGUUGGGUAAUGGAAAAAUCAUCAAAGAUGGGGAAAAGGAAAAUAGUUCUGGCCUGAUGGAUCUAUAUAUGAAGGAUUUUGGAGUGCUCACACUGCUAAUGGAAAAGGGAGAUUAAUUCAUGCAGAUGGCGAUGCUUAUGUAUCAUAUUAUUAAAAUUAAGGAUGGUGAUUGGGUAGAUGAUAGAGCUUAAGGUUAUGGAACAUAUUAUCAUGUUGAUGGAGCUAAAUAUGAAGGAGAUUGGUUAGAAGAUUAAUAACAUGGUAAAGGAUCUGAAAUGUGGCCAGAUGGUGCUCACUAUAUAGGAUGUUAUGUUAAUGGUAAGAAGGAUGGAAACGGAUAAUUUAAAUGGAGUGAUGGGGCAACUUAUGAGGGAGAUUUUAGAGAUAACAAUAUUGAAGGUAUUUUUAUAUUUAUAAUUUCUAGGACACGGAGAAUAUAUUUGGGCUGAUGGAAGAAAAUAUAAAGGAUAAUGGUAAAAUAAUAAAAUGCAUGGAAAAGGAGAUUUCAAUUGGCCAGAUGGAAAAUAAUAUAGUGGUAUACUCCUAUUUUAAAUUAUUAGGUGAUUAUGUGGAGGACAAAAAAGAAGGUUAUGGGAUCUUUAAAUGGUCUGAUGGAAAAUAAUAUAAAGGUUAUUGGAAAGAUGGGAAAUAGCAUGGUAAGGGAAUUCUGGUUGAUAAAGACUAAAGAGAAGUUGAAGCUGAAUGGGUGGAAGGAAAGAGAGUCAGAUAAGAAUGA